CACACAUACAUAUACUUACACACACUGACACACAUACUUAUACACACACACAUGCGCACACCCACACAAAGAUAAGUAGACAUGGCAUCCAUUGUGCGAAUUACGGAGCUGAAACAAAAACCUUUACAGGUAAUCCUUUCGGGACAGAAACAGGAUGAGACAAUCGCAACAGAGAAGGAGAAAGAAAGAGCAAAAGAGAAAGAGAAAGAGAAGAAAGAGGGACCAGUAAGGGCUGCCAGUUGUAAUACCAGCAAGACUGACCCACAUGUGAGGGCAGUAAAUCCACACCAAGAUCAUACCUGCUUGCAAUCACAGGUGGGCCAGGUAGAAAGUUGUGAAAAUAAGGAAAAAUGUAUCCGUGGGCCACAUCGACCCCAAAUCAAUUCUGCUGAUACUCCUAGAAGAAUGAUAUUUUACACUCCAUUUUCCAAUAAUCAUGAGAGACAAUUGAAGAAAACCAUUUCAGAACCUUUCAUUUGCACCAAACCCAAAUCAGAAGAAGAUUCUGCCAAGACCAAAAGCUGUGUAGAGUUCUUACCAAAACUUGAGAAGAAUUUCGGAAACAGUUCCAUUCAGACAAGGGCCAGCAGCAGCCAAUCGUUUCUUGAAAAUGAUCCUGCCAGAAGCCAUAAUGUCAAACCUCAACCCCAACCAGAAAAUUUCUUUGGUCUCAGUACGAAACAGCUUUCUGUUGGGACUCUUCAAAGCAAACAGCCUGACAAUACACCCUCACAUAGAAGAACAUCUUCAUCCCCUCCAAUUUCAGCAAAGUCUAAAAUCUCAAACAAACCGUCAACAAAACCCAUGAAAGCCCUUCCUAAUUCUUCGUUGCCUUUGAAAUUUUUCGAUGGUCCUUUACCAGAUGGUUCUUUGCCAAUCAAAGUGCCACACAAAGCUUUGCCAGACAGUUCUUUGCCAAUCAAAGUACCACACAAAGUGGCUUUGCUCGAUGGUUCUUUGCCAACCAAGGUGCCACACAAAGGUUUAACCGCUUACAGUUUGCCAAAUUUGAUGGGUGAGCCGACAAUCUCCAGGAAUCCUGACCAGUCAAUCACUGAGAAGCAGUCCAAAAGAACAACCCGACCUCUGCACAGUUCACAAGGUCAAGGGUCAUCAACCGAUGCCACAAAUUUGGCAAAAUCCUCCAAGACACAAGUGUUAAGACAAUCUCUACUAGAACAGCUCUCUCAAUAUCAGGAUGAAAUAGAUUAUACUCGUUGGAUAUCAGAACAACAUUUAGAGCGAAUCCACCGGAGUUUGGAUCACAAACCCUCAAGGCUCGUGAUUAUAUCCUCAAAGAUAUCCCAGAAACAGUUCCUCAUCGAUGCCUUGCUACCAAAUACAUUUGAUUUGAUUUAUGAUUAUGAUAACUUUUCAACGACAGAUCUAAUUGAUGCGAUUCAGAGAAAGUUGGAUGGCAAAAAAGUAGAAUGUCUUCUGAUGAUGUGCAAGGGCGGUCCUGGAUAUAUAUAUUUGCUGAAGAACCAUGUUGUGACUCCACAGAAGUUGAAAACCAGCGACUGUCAAGCACUGAUCUGGUUUUGGAAGUCUCUUGAGCAAGUAAUCAGUAAACUCGAAGAAGAAUCUGCUGCCAUCCACAUCUUGGUGCCAAGACUCACAGACAUUCAACAAGGAUGCACACUAGAACAAAAUCUACAGCAGGUAUUAGAACCCUUUAGAAUCCACGUUGAAGCAAUCAGUUUUUCAAAUAGCCAAGGCCUGAAAAUUCUCAGUAUGUACUUCAAUAUAAAUAGCCUGUUACCGUGGUUAGGACACCAACAGCAAGAACAACAACAAUAUGUAGAAGAAGGAGAAGAAGAAGAAGAUAUUUAUGGAGAGGACCAAUCUUUGCAAGACUUCUUAGAUCCAGAUUAUGACUUAAAACAUUCAGUUUUAUGAUCUUCGUUCAAAAGUGUUUCUUUUGUUUAAUUUUAUUUGCAUUUUUCUUUUUUGCAUUUCAAUGACUGUUUCUUCCGUUUACCUUUCAGUAUUAUCAUUUCUUCAUUCUUCCUCUUCUUCCUCUUCUUCCUCCUCCUCCUUCUCUUCUUUCUUCUUCUUCUUCUUCUUCUUCUUCCUUCCUUCUUCCUCUCUUACUUGCUCUCCUCCCACUAUCCCUACUUUCCACUCUCCCUCCUCCUCUCCUUUUUCUUUCCUCCUCUUCCUUUCCUUCCCUCCUCCCCUUCCUCCUUCUCUCCUCCCCUAUCAUUAUCUCUUCUCCCCCUCCCCUCCAUAUUUACUUAUAUUUCUCUAUCAUUAUGGUUUUUUCUCCAUCAUUUUCCUUAUUUCCGUUUCACUGCCAUUUUGGUUUUUAAAGUGAUGGCUUUCAUUUUGAUUGUGAAAAUGUUACCCCUCCCCCACAUCAGAUGUUGCCCCUCCCCCCUUUCGUAUCCCUAUUCUUUGAGUAAAUCCAGUUUCCUUCAGUAACAUUGUAAGUCAAUAAAAGAAAUCCUUAUUUUUA